AUGUCUUUCCAAGAUAAAGCCCAACACCAGAUCUCUCAGAUUGAUAAGGAACUUUCCAAGUACCCUGUCCUCAACAACUUCGAGAAGCAGACCAAUGUUCCCAAGGUCUAUGCUUUCCUUGGCCUGAUCGGCCUCUACUUCUUCCUCGUCUUCUUCAACAUUGGAGGCGAGUUCCUUGUGAACUUCGCAGGCUUUAUAAUCCCCGGAUACUAUUCAAUGGAAGCUCUAUUCAGCACCAACAAGGUUGAUGACACUCAAUGGUUGACCUACUGGGUUGUCUAUGCCUUCCUCACCGUUCUCGAGAGUAUGAUCAAUGCCGUCUACUGGUUCCCCUUCUAUUACGUUUUCAAGUUUAUCUUGGUCCUUUGGAUGUCUCUCCCCAUGACCAAUGGCGCUCAGAUUGUCUUCCGCUCUUUCAUUCACCCCAUCUUCUCCCGAUUCUUCAUCCAGACGGGGAGCACUGCCGCAGAUCUCCGAGGAAAGGCAGAUGCCGCUUUGAAAAGCCAGUAA